CCCUUCAACUCUCAAUUAUUCAAAUAAUCCCCACCACUGACCACACCUCCCAACGGUCAUCUCCCACUCAAUAAGGCAACUCAUGCAUCAAUCCCCAUUACAUCCCCGUAAUCAAUCAACAGUCUCUUUCUUCUGCGGUCCAUCCCUUCCAAUCGACCACCCAGCCAACUGUCCCAAAUCUGUUCGCGUUUAUUUCUCUCACUAAUCUGGGUUAACCACGCAGCGGCAAAGCGAGCUCUCAUGGAAGCUGUGACAGUCCAGCACGUAAAGAAAGCAUCUUCGGACGAAUUGCUCAGGAAGUUUGCGGACUUGGACGACGAGGCUUCGCGAAAGAAAGAGUUGCGAUUGCGAGUGCCGAAACGCCGCAAGACAUGUCCGGCGAGUGGCGACAGAGCAAGCUGUGACAGCCCAUCGAAGAGCAGUUCAAGCUUGGUGGAACGCAAAUCUCUUCUUCCCCGAGCUGCAACCCGGAGGCCGGCGCUGCUUCGGCAGCUCGGGAUCGGGAGAAUGCAUCUCAGAGCGAGGGAAAUCAGAAACAAAGCCUUGUUGAGAGCAGUCGAGAAGACAUGGCGCAAAACAAUAGAAGGUGCUUCGAAGGUGUUCAUAGAGAAGCAUUACAACCGGCACAAGCGUCUCAUAAACGAUAUGGUUUAGCUCAGCUUCGCUGGUUUGUGAACUAUUCUUACGUAGGGUCUGUUUGGUUCGCGGUUAAAAUCAAAAUCUACGGGAAUUGGAAUUGGAAUGGUCUAUUUCAUUGGCCAGUUUGAUUUAUAUAAGAAUUGGAAUGAAUUGGAAUUGACUCUUAUUUCCAAUAGAAGAGGAAAGAAAUGGCCAUUCCCUCAAACGAGGAAUACCAUUCCAUUUAAGAUGAGAAUGGGAUUCCAAUUCCGCCCAAUCAAUAUUUUGAUUCAGAUUCUACACCCAUAUUCCUGUAAACCAAACGGAUCCUUAAUUCUGCUUGAUUUUGAUAUGUCAAUUUGUUAUUCUUUUCAUUCGUCUAUAUUUUUUUCCUAUGAUGUAUUCUUUGAAGGAAACGAAAAUAAACUGUGAAGUGGGUCAAUUUAGAGAUGCAAUUUUUGGUGUUUUGAAUCA